CAGGGUUGAAGUUUGAACCAUUGAAGCACCACGCCGGGCUCACAGGCAGCAAGUUUUUUGGCGUUUGUGGUUCCGUCACACGUGUGUCGCCCAAGCGUUUGUCACACCACCUCUAGGCUCUCGAAAUAUCUAUUCCAACAUCAGACGCAGAGUCGCAGGCCUCAAAACCACAUUGGCGCAAAAAGCAUCCGCAUCCGCAUUAAUGUGAGCACUCCCUCAUCAAGCGCAGCAUCACCUCGUCCUGCCACUCAGGCUGCAUUGCAUUCCCCUUUUGCUGAGGAAUAAUGGCGCACCUCGCGGGUCCCGGCAUUCGCAUUCUCGCCAUUGCGCUGCUGACGGUGUUGUGCGCGUCCAAUGCUGCUGCCCAGGGCAUUCUUGCCCCCUGCAACCUCACGACGGUGAACUACUCAGCAUACACCCCGUGCUACACCUUCAACAGUUCAACGCCCUUCUGCUGCCCCACCCCAAGCACCAGUUGCUGCGGUUUCGCCGUCAUGCAGCCCACCUGUUGCUCGACCACAAACGGGUCGGUUGUCUUCACCCAAACCCCUUCCCCGACCACGGCUGCCCCGACCACCCCCGCCCCGACCACACGCCGGCCACCGGUUACGCCCGCCUCCGACCACACGCACGCCACCAGUUACCGCCCGCUCCGACCACACGCCGGCACCGUGUAUACUCCGUGCUACACUAACAGCGGACCAACCCCCUUCUGCUGCCCCACCCCGAGCACCGGUUGCUGCAGCACCCCCGUCGGGCAGCCCACCUGUUGCUCGACCACAAACGGGUCGGUCGUCCUGACCCAAACCCCUUCCCCGACCACGGCUGCACCGGCCACACCUGCCCCGACCACGGCUGCCCCGGUUACGCCCGCGCCGACCACGGCGGCACCGGUCACGCCCUCUCCGACUACGGCUGCACCAGUCACCCCUGCCCCGACCACGGCUGCCCCGACCACUCCCGUGCCGACUACCCCUGCCCCGACCAUGCCCGCCAUGAUUCUCUCCCCCUGCAACUUGAGCACCGUAAAUUAUGCAGCAUAUACUCCGUGCUACACGACAAGCGGACCCACCCCCUUCUGCUGCCCCACCCCGAGCACCGGCUGCUGCAGCACCCCCGUCGGGGAGCCCACGUGCUGCUCGACCACAAACGGAUCGGUCGUCCUGACGUCCCAAACCCCCGCCCCGACCACUUUGGCCCCGGUCACCCCCGCCCCGACCACGGCUGCCCCGGUUACGCCCGCCCCGACUACUCUCGCCCCGACCACCGCCGCCCCGGGACCAGCACCGCAAGCGUGCGACCCGGCUUCGUCCUUGCCCAACCAGUGCUUCAACGCCGCCGGGAACGCCUUCAUUUGCUGCGCCGGCAGCUGCCCUUCGCAGCCUGGAACGGCGCCCGCCUGUUAGGCGGCGGCCCCGCCUGCUUAGGAACGUCGGUGUGAAGCGUCUUCUCUUGGAACAGACACAGAUCAAAGUGUCUGAAAGUAGCGUGAGUUUGUCGAGUUUUGAGUAAUUACUACAGGACCCACUUUCUAAUUCAGUGGUGUUGAGUCCGGACCAAUAAAUUAUGCAUGGAGAUACUGACCGUCAUGCGCGAGUGACAGACCUUCUCCUUCGUUGAGGCCGUUGAUUUCGGGGACAGUGGGUUGAGUUCAACAAAGCACACGGGAGAAGCCCAAGGAUUUUGGUGUCAGUGCAUAUGCAUUGGAGGCGUUCUGAGGGGAGGGAGUCGAGAAAACAUUUAUUCGAUUCAAAAGUCGAAGCUGACUCAGCAGAGCGAGUACGACCCCGUGACUAAGGAGCACGUCGUGUUGAGCCUUUUGAAAAAACGUUCACCAUUGCUUUUUAUAAUUAGCGGAUUGGAGCAAACGUCGUAAAUCAGGGGAGCAGCCCACGGGACUCCAAGCUGAUUGAUGACGGCAUGCGUGCCGUAGUUUCAAGUAAUCUAUUCGUGGGUGUGUGUUGUCUAAGCCUUUUUCGUCAGCGUACGUAUAACCCACCUUCAAAUGAUUCUUGUCCAUUCUCGGGUCGAC